AUGGAACAUGAACUAAUAUGGUAUUAUAUUGAUAAAAGUUAAUAAGAACCAGAGAAACAAUCUAAAGGACCUUUAUCAAUAAGGGAUAUUGAUCUUAUGAUUAAGAAUCAGCAUUAUUACAUCACAUAAUUAAUGAUCUUAAUAUUUGAUACUUAUGUUUUUAUGGUUCAAAGAAAGGUAGCCUUUAUUUAUGGUUAAAGAAGUAAAAAGAUGUUUUAUUUGAGGAUGAUGGAUUAUAAUAAAAUGAUGAAUAGAGAAUGCAAAUUUUAAAUAAGAAAUCAUAAAAAGACAAAUUAAAGAAAAAAGUUGAAAAUAUUGAUAUUAUAAAUUUAUAUAGUCCUACUUAAGCAUAAAAUCAAGAAUUUAUGUAUUAAUUAUAUAGUGAAUUAUUUUAGAAAGUAGAAGCUCUAUAAAUAUAUUUGUAAAAGUUAGAGUUUUUAAAGAUCAUUCUUAAGGUAAUAAUUAAAUUAAAGUGUAGCUAAAGUUAAAUUUUCCUCUACAUAUGACGCUGAACUUUGUUUCACAAAUAUAAAUGGAGUAGAAUUCAAUAGUAUAAAAUAUGUAUUUAAUAUUGUGAUGUUAAAGAUAAUUUCAAUGUAAGUAUUGAGAAUAAUGAAGUUGAGGAGUAGUAUUUGGUUAAUGGUUAGAAGAAUAGGGGGAUAGUGAUUAGAAUUAAGGGUAAGAUUUCAAUAAAUGAGUGUAUGAUAAUUGAAAUUUAUUUAUUUAACUCCUAAAUUUUUUAAUAAUUUGAUUUUGAAUAAGGAAUGAAUAGAGAAAAUGCUAUUUAAUAUAGAUCUCCUUAAUAAAUACCAUCAUCAAAGAAACCCAAUAUGGAAAAUUUACAACCGCAUAGAAAUACAAAUGAAUUUAUUAAAUAAAUGAAAAAAAGAGUAGAUCAGCCACCUCUUAGUGUUGUGUCUUAAAACUCUUAAAUUUAAGAUGCUUAAUCAAUUUUUAUAGAUGUUUCAAGGAUUGAACAACAAUCUAACAAUUCAAAUAAUAGUUUCUUAGAUCCAUUAAAAUAACCUAUAUUACCAUAAUGUCAUAGAUCAAAUCAACCUUCAAAUUGUACUACAUAAAGAACAAACAGGUAUGAAAUGUAGAGAAAUAGCAAACCUUAUUUAGAUUAAACUGAUAAUAUGGGAUUGUUAAUGAUUUAACAACAAAUGCUAUAAUUGUAAAAUGAAAAUAUGAUUUUAAAAUAGCAAUUAGAAAAAUAGGAAAGUUAAAGAUUACUUUUUUAAUAAUAAUUACUUUAACAAUUCUAGUCAUAAUAAUAACAAUAAUAAUAACAACCUAUUGUUAUAAAUAAUAAUAUAACAUAAUCUGAAAAAUAAUAAUAAUAAUAAUCAAAGUCUAUUCCUCCUUAGAAAGAUUAAGAAGAAUCAGAAUCUCCUCCUAAAAAAAUACAACGAAAAAAGCAACAAUCCUAAGCUAUUUAGACUGAUAAAUCUGUUUAAGAUUAAUCAAUUAUAAACAUUAAUGAAUCAUAUCACAAUCAAUCUUAAUGUAAUAAAUCAAAGUAAAUCUUAUAAUAAUAAUAAAUAAAAUCUCAUUAACAAUAAAAGUAAAGUAUGGAAUCUUUAACUUUUGGUACUUAAUUAUCUUAAAGAAAUUUGAUAUCAUAAUAAUCUUAAUAAGAAUUGCAAAUUUAAAAUACUGAUAAUUAAAGUAAAAAUUAAAGUUAUCAAUAAAUUAAUACAAAUUCUAUUGAAUUUUAAAUGGAUAAUUAACAAAAAGAUGUUUAAAUUUAAAAUAAAAGUGAUGUUUAAAGAAAAUAUUCUUAAAUUGAUAUAACAAAUUCUUCUAUUUAAUAAGAUAAAACUUAUAGUAUUCAUAAUCCAGAAAUACGUAAAUAAUCUUAGCCAAGCGUUAAAUUAGAAUUUAAUUUUGAAGAAGGAACAAAUGAAUCAAGUAAAAAAUGUCUUGCAGAUUAUUUCUCAUAAAGAAAGAAAACAGCAAAUGUUGAAAGAAGAGUUUCAGUUUAAAUGCCAAUAUAAGAAGAGGAUUAAAGUUGGAUUGUAAAUGUUAAAUAAAGAAGUAAAGAAGAAUAAAUCAAAUUAAGAAAAGAAAUGAUGGAAUAUGGAAGAAGCAAAAGAUCAUAAAAUAAAAGUUAAACUCCAAUAAAUGAUGAUAAAAAUAGUGGAUAAAAAGAAUAAGUUAAAAGAGUUUAAAGUCCAUUAAUGGAAAGAUUAGCUAUGGGAUAAAAGGCAAAAGUAAUUUUGAACUUAUUUAGGUUGAAGAAAAGGAGAUGUUUGCAUUAACAAAAAAAAAUUAUGAGAAUUUACCUGAAGUAAAAAGCAAAAAGAAUUAAGAAGAAGUUAUUAAAUAAAAGUAACUUUUUAUGAAAGAAAGAUAAAAUAAAUUAAAAGAAUUAGAUGAUGUAAUAAUAUUUUAUUAAUUUUAGAAAAUCAAAGAAAAAAUGAAAAAGGCAUGA